AUGUCUUUUAUCAAGAGGAAGUCUGCCGGUGGUUACUCAAUUUGCUUCCGUCUUUGGCCAGCCGGCCCUUAUACCUUUCGGGGCUACCAAUAUACGGCCAUAAUCAAGACAGAUCCCGAUGAACCGACACUCUCUGGCGACCGUAUUGGCGAAAUCAUUAACCGGAUGGGCUAUAUUUGGGACUGGGAUAUAGACGAGAUAAACUGCAAUAUCCUGUCACCAAAAUGGACCGCAGUAACAGGCAUUCUAUUCGAUCCCACUAUUGGAAUAUUUCCUAAUACUAAUUCGAUAUCAAAUCUACGUCGCUAA